AUGCCGGGGCUCGGCGGGCGUGGGCUCUGGCUGGGCCUGGCCGUGGCUGUGGCGGCAGCGGCGGCGAUGGCCGCACGGCUGAUGGGCUGGUGGAGUCCUCGCGCCGACUUUCGCCUUUUCAUACCCGAGGAGCUGGCCCGCUACCGCGGCCGCCCAGGGGACCCGGGCCUCUAUUUGGCCUUGCUCGGCCGCGUCUACGAUGUGUCCUCUGGCCGGAGGCAUUACGAGCCCGGGGCCCACUAUAGCGGCUUCGCAGGCCGAGAUGCAUCCAGAGCGUUUGUGACCGGGGACUACUCUGAAGCAGGCCUUGUAGAUGAUGUAUCCGACCUGUCAUUUUCUGAGAUGCUGACACUCCAAAACUGGCUUUCAUUCUAUGAGAAGAAUUACAAAUUCAAGGGAAGGGUGAUAGGAAGGUUCUACGGAGAGGAUGGGCUCCCCACCCCAGAACUGACACAGGCAGAAGCCAUGAUGACCAAAGGCUUGGAGGCGAACAGACAGGAGCUGAUAGAGAAGCAGAGGUUCCCACCGUGCAACGCUGAGUGGAGCUUCAUCAGGGGUAGCCGGUUCUGGUGUUCGCAGCAGAGUGGAGGUGUGAGCAGAGACUGGAUUGGCGUUCCCAGGAAGCUGUUUAAGCCAGGUGUCAAGCCCCACUGUGUGUGUGUGAGAACAACUGGCCCCCCGAGUGACCAGUUGCCGGAAAACCCUAUGCACAGAAAUCGUGGGGACCUGGAUCACCCCAACUUGGGGGAGUACCCAGGCUGCCCACCCCUCGCCAUCACAUGCUCGGUCCCCCUCUAA